AUGCUGAAGACGAUUUGCCCAACUGUGAAUGAUAACGAUAAUCCGUCAGUAACCCCCAUACACAACCUGAUAUUCAAGUCUCAGGAUCCUGAAAAAAUUACAAAAAGAAAAAGAAAAGGCCCCGCCGGGGCCCUCGACGGGAGCCAGUCCUCGCUGCUCAACGGCGCGGCGGAGCUGAAGCUGAGCCGCUCCAACGAGAAGGAGCAGCUGCAGGGGCUCAACGACCGCUUCGCCGGCUACAUCGAGAAGGUGCACUACCUGGAGCAGCAGAACAAGGAGAUCGAGGCGGAGCUGGCCGCGCUGCGGCAGAAGCACGCCGGGCGGGCGCAGCUGGGCGACGCCUACGAGCAGGAGCUGCGGGAGCUGCGCGGCGUCCUGGAGCAGGUGAGCCACGAGAAGGCGCAGAUCCAGCUCGACUCGGAGCACAUCGAGGAGGACAUCCAGCGCCUGCGGGAGCGCUUCGAGGAUGAGGCGCGGCUGCGCGACGAGACGGAGGCCACCAUCCGCGCCCUGCGCAAGGACAUGGAGGAGGCCUCGCUCAUGCGGGCCGAGCUGGACAAGAAGGUGCAGUCGCUGCAGGACGAGGUGGCUUUCCUGCGGGGCAACCACGAGGAGGAGGUGGCCGAGCUGCUAGCGCAGCUCCAGGCGUCCCACGCCACCGUGGAGAGGAAGGACUAACUGAAGAGCGCUCUUUGUCACCGAGGUUUUGCGCGUCUGUUGCAGGACACGAUUCAUCAGCUGGAAAACGAGCUUAGAGGAACAAAAUGGGAAAUGGCACGUCAUCUGAGGGAAUACCAGGAUCUCCUCAAUGUCAAGAUGGCCCUGGAUAUUGAAAUUGCUGCAUACAGGAAACUACUGGAGGGUGAAGAGACAAGAUUCAGUGCCUUCUCUGGAAGCAUUACUGGACCCUUGUUCACACACAGGCAGCCAUCAGUCACAAUAACAAGUAAAAUACAGAAAAAAGCUGAACCACCAAAGCUGAAGGUCCAGCACAAAUUUGUAGAAGAAAUUAUUGAAGAGACAAAAGUAGAGGAUGAAAAGUCUGAAAUGGAAGAUGCCCUAGCAGCUAUUGCAGAAGAAAUAGCAGCAAAGGCUCAGCAAGAACAGGAGGAAAAAAAGGCAGAGGAGGGAGAAGCUGUAGCAGAAGAAAUUGCUCCAGAGAAGGCGGCUGCAGAACAAGCAGCUGCACCUGAGGAAGAAAAGGAAGAAGAAGCAGAAGAGGAAGAAGCUGUAAAAUCUGAUGAGGCAGAAGAAGGAGGUUCUGAAAAAGAAGAGAUAGAGGAAAAGGAAGGGGAGGAGGCUGAGGAAGAGGGGGAAGAAGCUGAGGCCAAGGGGAAGGGAGAAGCUGAAGAAGCAGAUGCAACUGUUGCAGGAGCCAAAGUAGAGAAGAUCAAAACACCUCCACCAAAGUCACCACCUAAAUCCCCACCUAAAUCUCCUGUAACAGAGCAGGCCAAGGGAGAACAGAAGGAACCAGCUGCAGAAGUAGGAAAAGAACAGAAAGAGGAAAAAGUUGGUGAGAAAGCAGCCAAGGAGGAAGAGAAAGCAGCACCUGUGGAGAAGCCAGCAACACCAAAGGCAGCCUCUCCAGACAAGGCAGCAACACCAGAAAAGCCUGCAUCUCCAGAGAAACCUGCAACUCCAGAGAAAGCAGCAGCCCUGGAAAAGCCGGUGACCCCAGAGAAGCUCCGUUCUCCGGAGAAGCCAGCGACUCCCGAGAAGGCAGUGACCCCAGAGAAGCUCCGUUCUCCGGAGAAGCCGGUGACCCCAGAGAAGCCCCGUUCUCCGGAGAAGCCAGCCUCCCCAGUCAAAGAUGAAAAGCCUGUGGUGGAAGAGACCAUCACUGUCACAAAGGUAACAAAAGUUAGUGCAGAGGUAGAGGCCUCCAAGGGGUCCAGGAAAGAAGACAUUGCUGUAAAUGGUGAGGUGGAGGAGAAAAAGGAAGAGAAGGAGGCUGAGGAAGAAGGUAAGGGAGUUGUCACCAACGGCCUAGACGUGAGCCCAACUGAUGAUAAGGGUGAAAAAGCUGUAGUAACCAAAAAAGAGAAAAUCACUAGUGAAGGUGGGGACGGUACAACCACAUAUAUCACAAAGUCCGUGACAGUCACUCAGAAGGUAGAGGAACAUGAAGAAAGCUUUGAGGAGAAACUAGUGUCCACCAAAAAAGUGGAGAAAGUUACUUCACAUGCUGUAGUAAAGGAGAUCAAAGAGAGUGAAUAAAACAAAUUAUAGCAAAAUAAAAUUAAAGAGCUUGGGUCGGUGCAAAAGGUUAAGCCAUAUGACAGCUACAAAAUGCAUGUGAGUGACGGCUUUAAAGCAGAAUGGGUUCUCUCAUGGAGGCUCCAGACACACAGUAUUUUACUUUUUUGUGCAAUAUAGGGGAGGGGGGGGGAAUGCAUGCAGGCUCAAGAUGUACUCCCUCCACAGACCUUGGGGAACUAAAAAAUAAUAAUAAUAGUGCAUGAGAUGAAAUGUGCAAAGGAAGCUUUUGAAUUUCCUGAGCUGUUGGAGGGACAUAUCUGAGGAAUGACUUAAGAUGUAUUAUGCAAAGAACCAACUGAGCCAAAACCAAACAGAAAACAGUAAUAGUAAUAUUCAUGAGAAAAACAGAACUCUCCUAGCCUUAAAGCUACUUAUAAAUAAUUAUGUUUACCUCACUGGUGCAAUUAGGGUGGACUUUUGCUCAUGGGAGAACCUAGUUGACAUGCACAGUACGCAACCUUUUGUUGUUUGAUGUAAAAUCGUCACAGCAGUUCUUGCUCAAUAAAGGUCAAUACUGAAAACAUGA